AUGUCCUUGUCUGACUGUAACCCAGUAUGUGCCUACAGCUGGACAAAGGAUGGACAGUCCCCCACAACAGGGUCAGAUCUCCAGCUCACCAAUAUACAACGUGGUCAGACGGGCGUGUACCGGUGUACGGCCAGUAACGGAUACGGUAGUCGGACAUCUAUUGACGUCAGUGUUACUGUAAACUACGGUCCCGGGGCGUCUGUUUCAAUUUCUCCACCGGACAAUACCUACACCAGGACUGAGGGGGAUACGUUACCGGAUAUCACCUGUACAGCUGACUGUAGACCUGGCUGUACCUUUGUCUGGACAAAACCUGACAACACCAACUUUACUGCCUCAGCUGUGUUGUCACUGGGACAACUGGACAGAUCAGAACACGGGACGUACAGAUGUACGGCUAGGAAUGUUGCCGGAGAGUCAACUACAACUACCAGUGUUAUCGUUACAGUACAGUACGGUCCUGGUACCUCUAUCACCUUGUCCCCACCUGACACUUCUUACUCCAGGACCGAGGAGGAUACGUUACCGGACAUCAUCUGUACAGCUGACUGUAGACCUGGUUGCACUUUUGUCUGGACAAAACCUGACAACACCAACUUUACUGCCUCGGCUGUGUUGUCACUGGGACAACUGGACAGAUCAGAACACGGAACAUACAUAUGUACUGCUCGGAAUGAUAUUGGAACCUCAAAGACAACAACAACUGUUACCUUACAAUAUGGGCCAGGAGACAGCAUUGCAUUCGAACCGAUGCAAGAUAUAGUAGAGAGAGUUGAAAACCAGACUGUCCCAAACAUAAAAUGCUUUGCUGACUGUAGACCACCAUGUACGUAUAGCUGGUCCAAAUCAGGUACUGUUCGUCCAAAUCCACUGUCUCUGUCGAAAGUCACGAGGACCAACGCUGGGACAUACACGUGUAUAGCUAAUAACACCAUCAGCAAAGGAACGAACGACUGGGACCUUAUUGUGAAAUUUCCUGCUGAAAUAGACAGCCUUGAGUACAACCAAGGAGACGCUGAUGUGACGGAACACGGAUCCAAGACUCUCAUUUGUAAGGUGGAGAGUGUCCCAUCGUCUACAAUAACAUGGUACUACAAAAACAAUGACAAACAGCUGUUUACCGCCACAGAUGUACUGGAGAGUAGCUACACCCUGACUACUGCUGGCUGUCUGGAUACAGGACUUUACACAUGUUCUGCUAGGAACAGUGUAUCCAACACAGCAGUGGUCAAGGACAUACGGAUCAACGUUUUGUACCAUAAUGGACUUCUCAAGAUCAAAGCAUGA